GAACAACUCAUUCUUCAGAGAGCCUAACUGUAGAAUCCAGUUUUAGGAUUACAUUCACUGCGUGCUUGAAAAUGCAAGGCUCACUGUUUUUCUGUUUUUUGGCCUUUAUGACUCUCAGUCAUCAAGGAUUGUCAAUGCCAACAUUGGCUGAUCCAGCGGUCAAAAGGUUUUCACAUAUAGGCCAGAAUAAACUAUUGGAUGUCUCCAGUGGGUGUUUGUCAUGGGGCGGAAAAAAGACAAAAAAACAACCACCAAGACGUGGGCACGGAACUGGUGGUGGUCACAGAAGGGGCCCUGAUCCCUUGAUGGUCACUGUUGCAAGUUCUGGUGGUGGUUGUUGUGCUCCAUAAGUAUAGGAUUUUUACACCUGUGGAAAGAGAAGUACCUGGAGACAUAUCUGUACAACAUGGCUGGUCAACUUUGGCAACUAUUUUAUGGAUUAUUUGUUCUCUCAGACAUGUCUACUUUCUUCCACCCCCAAGUUGGCUCCAAUUCUGCAACAUCACCCUCCCUUUCAAUCUGUUCACCAAUUAUAUCCCGGUUUUUUAAAAUUAUCAAAACUAUCUUCUUGUUAAUUCUUUCUCCCCUUUCCUACUUAUCCCAAACAGUUCCUUCUCUAUGAACUUUCUCCUUUGAUAAAUUCUACUCAUCUCCAUAUUCUGUCAACACCUCUGAUAUGAAUGUCUAACCAACAUACCUGGUGGUCCAUGAAACCUGGUUAUUAUGGCUUAUCAAUUCUUACUUCAAAUUUUAAAAGCUGCUUGACUUACUGGUAACUACAAUUCUAUUGGAACCAGCUAUUUAGCUACAGAAAAUCAGUCACCAUUAUUUCUACUCCUUCAUGUCCUUUUCUUUUUCCACCCAGAACUGUUUCAAGAAUAACUACUUUGUGCUGCCCUCUU